GGGCCGCGGAAGCCACGCUCCAGCUCGCAGGCGUCGGAGGGCUCAGCGCUACGCCGCGCUGCAUUAUGGAACACAGAGUUUAAUAGAAAGCUCGGCAGGGAACACAUUCCAGACCAAGCUUGCGUUUACAUUGCCUCGGGGGCGGGGCAAGGAAGAGCCGAUCAAGAUUUCGUCAUAAAACCGCGACCCGGCAGGCGGCGCCAUCUUCGAACUUGGACUUCCGGAAGGACUUUGGCGCGGAUCCUGUAGUGUUUGUGUUUGCUGAAAACUUUCUUCUGUUUUCUGGACUAGUUCUUUUGAAAGGGCAGCCAUUUUGGGGGGUGCAGAUGGAUGCCUGCGGGGUCGGCUAUGUUGCCCUGGGGGAGGCCGACCCCGUGGGGAGCAUGAUUGUGGUAGACUCUCCUGGACAAGAAGAACUAAGCCAGCUGGAUGUCAAGGCCUCCUCAGAAUCGUCCAGUGUAGAGGCUUCCAUCGAGAUGUCACUACCUCCUCCUUUGCCUGGAUUCGAGGAUUCUUCUGACAAGAGGAGGCUUCCUCCAGAUCAGGAAAGCCUCACCAGGUUGGAACAGCAAGAUCUUUCUUCAGAGAUGUCAAAGGUCUCAAACCCUAGGGCCUCAAAGCCAUCCGGGAGGAGAGGUGGUAGGACACCAAGGGGCGCUAAAAGGCCUCAGCAACGUAAACCUCCAUCCACCCCUCUGGUUCCUGGUCUCUUAGAUCAGUCCAACCCUCUGUCCACCCCCAUGCCUAAGAAACGAAGUCAAAAGUCCAAGGGAGACCUGCUACUAUUGAAGUUGUCCAAAGGCCUAGAUCAGCCAGAGUCUCCACAUCCAAAGAGGCCCCCCGAGGACUUUGAGACCCCUUCUGGGGAACGACCCCGCCGAAGGGCUGCCCAAGUGGCACUUCUGUACCUUCAGGAACUAGCUGAAGAACUCUCCACAGCCCUGCCCACACCACUGACUGCUCCCAAGAGUCCCAAGGUGAGCAGCCCCACAAAGCCGAAGAAGACCCGGCAAGCCGCCUCUCAGGGUGAAGAAGAUGGAAGUGCUCGGGAUGAAGACUUUGUUCUCCAGGUUGAGGGUGAAGAUGAGGAAGAAAGUGAGGCCCCAAGUGAGAAUUCAUCUGAUCCUGAGCCCGUUGCACCCCGAAGCACCCCACGAGGACCUGCUGCAGGGAAACAGAAACCACACUGCCGGGGCAUGGCUCCCAAUGGCUUACCCAAUUACAUCAUGGCUCCUGUUUGGAAGUGCCUCCACCUCACCAAGGACCUCCGGGAACAGCAGCAUUCAUUCUGGGAGUUUGCUGAAUGGAUUCCAGUAGCCUGGAAGUGGCAGUUGUUAUCUGAACUUGAAGCAGCUCCCUACCUGCCCCAGGAGGAGAAGUCUCCCCUGUUUUCUGUACAACGUGAGGGGAUUCCUGAGGACGGCACAAUCUACCGAAUAAACAGAUUUAGUUCGAUCACAGCACAUCCAGAGCGCUGGGAUGUGUCCUUCUUCACAGGGGGACCGCUCUGGGCUCUGGACUGGUGCCCAGUGCCUGAAGGGUCAGCAGCCUCACAGUAUGUGGCCCUUUUCUCCAGCCCUGACAUGAAUGAGACACACCCACUGAGCCAGCUUCAUUCAGGCCCUGGGCUGCUGCAGCUCUGGGGUCUUGGGACAUUGCAGCAAGAAAGCUGUCCUGGCAACAGGGCCCACUUUGUCUAUGGGAUUGCUUGUGACAGUGGUUGUAUCUGGGACCUCAAGUUCUGCCCCAGUGGGGCAUGGGAGCAUCCAGAAACCCUUCGGAAGGCUCCUCUCCUGCCUCGCCUGGGUCUCUUGGCUCUGGCCUGCUCAGAUGGGAAGGUACUACUGUUCAGUCUGCCGCAUCCUGAGGCCCUCCUGGCUCAGCAGCCCCCAGAUGCUAUGAAGCCUGCCAUCUACAAGGUCCAGUGUUUGGCAACUCUUCAGGUGGGGUCUGUGCAAGCUUCAGACCCUUCUGAGUGCGGUCAGUGCCUUAGCCUGGCUUGGAUGCCUACCAGGCCUCACCACCACCUGGCUGCUGGAUACUAUAAUGGCAUGGUAGUUUUCUGGAAUCUUCCCACUAACUCACCCCUCCAAAGGAUACGGCUCUCUGAUGGUUCCUUAAAGCUGUACCCCUUCCAGUGUUUCCUAGCCCAUGACCAGGCUGUUCGUACAAUUCAGUGGUGCAAAGCUAACAGUCAUUUCCUGGUAUCGGCAGGGAGUGACCGGAAAAUCAAAUUCUGGGAUCUUCGACGACCUUAUGAACCAAUAAACUGUAUCAAGCGCUUCUUGAGUACAGAGCUUUCCUGGCUGCUCCCGUACAAUGGUGUCACAGUGGCACAAGACAACUGUUAUGCCUCUUACGGGCUCUGUGGAAUUCAUUACAUUGAUGCCGGUUACCUUGGUUUUAAGGCCUAUUUUACAGCUCCACGAAAAGGCACUGUCUGGAGUCUUUCAGGUUCAGACUGGCUCGGGACAGUCGCUGCAGGAGAUAUAUCUGGGGAGCUCAUUGCAGCUAUUUUACCUGAUAUGGCAUCAAACCCAAUCAAUGUCAAGAAACCUGCAGAAAGACGAUUUCCUAUAUAUAAAGCAGAUCUGAUACCAUACCAGGACAGCCCCGAAGACCAAGACUACUCCUCGACUUCCUCCGAGACCCCCAACCCCCCAAAAGCGAGGACCUACACUGAAACCAUCAACCACCACUACUUGCUCUUUCAAGAUACAGAUCUGAGUUCCUUCCACAAUCUGCUUCGUAGAGAACCGAUGCUUCGCAUGCAAGAAGGAGAGGGACAUUCUCAGCUUUGCCUGGACAGGCUGCAACUUGAAGCUAUUCACAAGGUACGUUUCAGCCCAAACCUGGACUCCUACGGAUGGCUGGUAUCUGGGGGGCAGUCAGGGCUGGUUCGGAUCCAUUUUGUCCGUGGACUCACCUCCCCACUGGCCCACCGUGUACAGCUUGAAAGCCGAGCCAACUUCAAUGCUAUGUUCCAACCAUCCUUUCCAACAGAAGGGCCUGGUUUCUCUCCAAGCAGCCAUUGCCUUCUCCCCAACCCCUAGUCUGGUCCACACAGAACUCUUGGAUUGAAGUCUGCCAAGAACAAAUGGCCCCCAUGCACAGAGCAUAGGACCUGGGCCCUUCCUGGACAGUGAUGGUGCCAGGCCUAAAUCUUUAGGCCUUCAUGCCCCAAACUCCUUAAAUCCCUCUCCUUCCACAGACUUCUAUGGUCACAGCUCCCUGCAGGUAGGGGGGCUCCCCCUCCACAACAAUUCCUAUCCCUAAAACCGUGGCUCACAAGAAACACUCAGGCCAAA